AUGAAGUUGAAAAGGUUUGCUGUACUGGGAGCAGUCACUGCCACUGCCGUCGCUGCGACUCCAAAGGUCAAGAUUGGCCGCACCACCGUCGUUGGUCGCGAAAAUGCAACUGCUGGAGUAGAUUUCUUUGGCGGCAUUCCGUUCGCAGAACCUCCUGUUGGAAGCCUAAGAUUCCGCUCGCCUAUCCUCAAGACGCGCUACACCGAGACUACUCUCUCGAGGCAAGCAGCUAUGGAAAGGCGUGUCUUCAACCGGUGCGUACACGACCGGUCCGUCGUCGUAACCGCUUCACUGAAUCGAAAAAAAUUGAAGCCUUUGGUGAUUCCUCUCGCUGAUACAUCGGAGGACUGCCUCUCAAUCAACGUCGUCGGACCGACAGGCACGAGGAUUGGCGACAAGCUCCCCGUGCUAAGGAGGGUCGGAACCCCGGUCAUCUAUGUCAACUUCAACUAUCGACUGGGACCAUUUGGUUUCCCACAAGGACAAGAAGGUGAUUGCGAUUCGAGAUUGUUGUUUCAUUCGGUGGCUCACAGACGAGGGCUCGUAGCUCACGAUCGACGCGAGCUCAACUUGGGCAUGAAGGACGUCACGGCUGCGCUUGAGUGGGUUCAUGCCAACAUUAACUUCUUUGGAGGCGACAAGAACAAGAUUACUAUCUUCGGCGAAAGCGCUGGAGCCAUAACUAUCGGGAUCCUCUAUCUCAAUAGGCAGUUCGAGAAACUUGUUAGAGGCGCAGCAUUGACCCCGCCGUUAUGUGAGAUUUUCCAAUCCGGCUCAUCGAACAGUCUCCCUCUCUGCACCGCAGCGGAACGCGAGUCCGAGUGGCAAGCCUUCGUCCGGGCUAUCCCUUCCUGCGCAAACCUCGCUACGAGUGGCAACACAUUCGCCUGCUUGCAAAAUGCGACUAGGGAAGAAAUUGCAGGCAAUUAUCUUAACUCUCUUGGACCGAACUUUAUGGUCGACAUGGUCUUUAGUCCUACUCGGGAUCGAGGUCCUGGAAGCCUUCUCCCCGAAAUUCCAUCCAGGCUGUACAGUCAGGGCAAAUUUGCUCGGAUUCCAUACAUUGCUGGGACCAAUCUCGAUGAAGGCACGUUGUUCGCCACCUCAGACGGCAAUGCAGAUCUUGAAGCGGGAAUUGUCGCAAGUGUAUCUCCUCCCCUCGUCGACAGUACCCAAUUCGAGCAGGCGAUCGACGGUUUGAUGGAGCAGUACCCCGACGUCCCGGCACUGGGCUCCCCUUAUAACACAGGUGACGAACUCUUUGGCUUCCCCUCGGUGUACAAGCGACACUCGGCGAUCCCUGGGAUUGAACUCGAAGUGUUGGCAGAGGGCGACAUGUUGUUCGACGCUCCCCGCCGACAGUGGAUGCAGGCCACCGCCCAGCGUGGCGUCAAGUCAUACGGAUACUUGUUUACGCAUCCCCAUCCUGGACCGCUUGGAGUCCUCCAUGCGGCUGAGAUUCCAUUCGUCUAUGGACCACCACCGGACCCUUUGGCGGCUGCUCAGAGCUUGAGCGUCGCUAUGGUGGAUUAUUGGAUCUCUUUCACCGACAGUUUGGAUCCUAAUGAUGGAAAGGGAGUGCAGCGUCCCGUUUGGCCUUCGUACACCAACAGGAACCAGCGAUUGGCGUACCUCAUCUCCAACGCUCUGGCCUUUAGACGCUGA